AUGGCGGCGCCCCUCGGCUUCCUCUGCUUCGGCUGGGCCACGGUGCCAGUCGUGAUUGCCGCCGCGUGCGGCAUGGCGUACUUCUUCGGCGGCAUGGCGGCGACUCGAAGGCGGGCGGGAGGAGGGUUUGGCGGGAGGAAGGGAGGAAAUGGUGGGAGGAAGGGAAGGGCUCGAGGUCGGGCGCGAGCGUCCUUCAACACGACCUUCACUGUGGACGUGGACGGCGGCGACUCUGACGCCGCGUCGUUCGUGGUGCUCCUUGACAGCUUCCCGUCGGUCAACAUCGGGAACGAGAAGUACGGUCCUCGCCGCAACACUAGCAACUCGGUCGUGCUCGCUGCAUCCAUGCCGAACGCCACCAACGGCCUCGCCAAUGUUGAGGUCGGCUCGGUGAGCUCGUACGGGCCGCGGCCGCCGCCGGGCGUCGGCCUGAACAUCACCAUCACGCCCAACCGAUCAUCGCCCGCCGACACCAGCCAGCUCGCCGUGCGGAUCGAGUACGACGCCCCCACGCACCGCCUCUCAGUCUACGCCCACGACACGGCCGCCGACUACCCGCCCGUCAACGACAGAACCACCCUCCUCCUCGACGCGCCACUCGACCUGGCCGACUGCCUGCCCGCCAAGGCCGCACCGGUGGGGUUCUACGACUCCACGGUCCCACGCCGGCAUCCGGCAGGGGCGGCUACGUCGGGGCCGGUGCGAGGAAGCGGCUGCGUGGGGGCGCGACGCCGGGCCCUCCCUGCUGAGCCCGGUGGAGGGCGACAGGUUCAGCUGCUGCGCGUGGGCUCGACGCCGGGCCCUCCCUGUUGAGCCCGGUGGACGGCGGCGGAGGUGGCGCGCCGGUGCAGACAAGGUGUUUGGGAAAAUGCCACAGAGAGGAGGAAGAAGGAGGAGGUUGACGCUGACACGUGGGCCUCGCCUGUCAUAAACACGUUUACAUCGUCUAAA